UACGCUGCACAAACCCCAGGACAGCCUCAUGAGGGCCAGUCCUCCGGGCAAAGUAUUUACUGUAUUUACAGCGAGCCCGGGCUCGCACCGCUCCGCCAGCGGCACAGGGACUCCGCUCGCCCCCGCGGGGCCGGUGCCCGGGCUCGGCUCCGCGGGGCAGGCCGGAGGCAGCGCGCUCGGGGCGGGGGCGGCCGCGGUCACAGGCGGCAGGUAACCCGCGACCCGCCGGCUCGGGCAGCUCAGCGCGACCCGCCGGGCCCUGCCCGCGCAGCCAUCGCGCCUCCAGAGCGGCCCUUCCCCUCCACCCUUCGGCGCCGGGCACCCGGGACCCGAGCCCGCCGCCUCCCGCCCCAGGAGCCGGCCGGCCCUGCCCGCCCCGCGCAGUACUACCAGGCCAGGGGCAGUCGCUCCUGCCCCGGGCCGCGGCCUCUCACCUGAGCCCGCGGGAAGCUGCCAACACAGCGCCCGGCUGCCCGUCGCCCUGUGGGCCCGGCGGGCCGCCUGUCACGCCGGCUCCGUCUCUCGCUCCGGCCCCGUCCCGCUGCAGCUACUCCAUAGCGACAGCGGCGGCCAGAGCGGCGGGGCGGGGGCGGCCGGAGCGCGGCUCACUUCCGACCCGCAGGGGCGGUGCUGGGCGCGGCCGGGGGCGGCGGGCGGGAAGUGAUGCGCUCCGGCGGCUUCCGCCAGCGGCUCGGCCGAGCCCAUGGCGGGGUAUUUGACUCCGCGCUUCAGGAGGAUCCGGAGUCGGGGCGAGUUGGAGCCGCGGCGGGGGAGCGGGCGGCGGCAAGGUGGGAUUGCAAUGGUCCUUUUCAAGCAACUCAGCUGUGGAAUGGUAUUAUACGUGCCCUCCACAAUCAACUGGAAAUCAAAAGACGUAGACAACAUCUGAAAACAUAUAAAAACUGUUUUACUGGCUCAAAUGCUGUCGAUGUGGUACUGAGCCAUCUUAUGCAAAGCAUGUACCUAAGCUGUAAUGAUAUUUCUCGACUGAAGGGAGUCCGUGUAUGCCAAGCAUUGAUGGAUCACAAGGUGUUUGAGCCAGUUGGAGCAAAGCUUUGCUUAUUCAAGAACGGGAAAGAAACAGAGUUUGAAGACACAGACACUAGUCUCUAUAGAUUUGUAAAUAGCAGUCUUGAUCCUCCUCUUCAAGGAAUGAAUGAGAACAAUGAAAGCUUGUCUCCUGAGCAAAUCUGCAAACAAAAAACAGUCAGAUGUUCCAAAACAAAGUGUGACACACUUUCAAACCCCUCAGCAUUAGAAGCAGCUGAUAAAAAGAGGGUAGAGGAGCUUCUCCGAUCAAUCUAUGUUCAUGCAUCUUUACCUCCAAAGAUCAUGGUUAAUGAACCAAUUCAUCUGCUUUCAAAAAGAGUAAUAGAAGAUGUUUGGAAACAGCAAACUCUGUUGCGAUUGCUGCAGUUAAUUGAUAUUCCUCUUCUAGAAGAUAUCUUGGUGUCUUCAGUGAAGACAAAACCAGACUGUUUUGGCAAAGAAGAAGACCUAGUUAUCUCAAAUACUUUCCUGGACAGAGAGGUUACAUGUAGCUUAAACUUGCCUGAGCUUGACAGAUGGCUCUAUGCUGCAAUUGAAUGCUUGGAGUAUUUUCCCGACCAAUUCAUAGUGAUGAUUAGUCAGCAGUUACCUCAGAGCACUGACGAACCCAGCAAUCUGAAUACAUACAAGAAGAUUCUUUUUGACAUUAUAAUGAAGUAUUAUAGUCAAAAGAAGGAAUCUCUUCUUGCUGCUCAGGAUCCCCAUAUUCAUUCAGGAAUUAUAGAACUUAUAGAAAAAGGAAAAACAGAUCAAGCUCUAGAGGCAUUACAACUUUAUUUAAAAUUAUUAGCACCAAAUAUCAGAGAAGAACUACACAGGCUCCUGACAUUCCUAGCCAUUGCAUCAGAAUCUGAGGGCUACAGAUUACAAAAACAAUUUGAGAACAGAUUGGUGAUCAUCAGGACUUGCACAAAGUUCAUCUUGCAAAAUAGAACACUGUCAAAACCACAGGCAGAACUGCUGACUCAGUUUCUGAUGGACAAUCACUCUGAGCUCUUCAAGACUCCUUUAACUCUUCUGGAACUAACAAGUAGGAGACUUGAGAGUUUGCUAGAAGGACAAGAUCCAGAUAUCAAUUCAGGCUUCACCUUCUGUCAGCGCAUUACAACUCAAGAGUAUGAAGAUCAAAAACAACAAACCAAUCAGCAUCUUCUAGCAUUGAUUCAAGAGAUGGACAAUGACCCUACUGUUCCUUUGAAGCAAAAGAAGAAAUUAAUCAAAGAAUUCAAAAAAUAUCAUUGUCUAUUGUAGUGGUUGUAAAACUACAUGUGAAUUUUGUACUCCAAAUGGUUUGACAGCAAUACAACCUUUUUUUAUCUCUUUUAAAAAAAGUGGAGGAUGCACAUGAAAAUUGUUCAUCAUAAAAAAAUGUUUUCUUCUUAUGUCUUUACAUCUUCAGUUUCAGGAAAUACAACUAUCAAAAUUACUAUGGUGCUAAAAAGCAUUAAAUCUAAUUAUUCUUUUAAGCAAAA